AUGAAUUAUGACGGGGUCUUCACAUCUUCACCAGGACGACGACAAAUAGGGAAAAAAAACGCGACAGGAAACAAAAACAAGCGGAAAAAGAAUAAAAUGCGAAGAAGUAGUAGUAGUGAACCUCUUGACAACUACCCGACGGGCCCCCCAGUGCAGUACAUCGUGUGCAAUUUAGAAGAUGUUGAGUUAUCGGAUGUGAGCAGAGAUGAAGGUAAAGGUGUGGAGAACGACGACGAUGACGGAGAUGCUGG